CAUUGGCUCCUGUCUGGGCACACGUCACAAUCAUGAUUAGAAUUGAUGAUCGGACGUUCUGAUUUCAUUGUCUCGCAAAGGGGACUGGUGGAGAAAUCUGCUGAAUUCGAACGUGCCGUCUGAUUUUUUGACAUCACAAAUGCCAUACUACUCAGAAGUGUGCCAGGUACACUGAGACAGGAUGACUGCAAUCAAACGCGUGCCAACCUAGAAGCAUGGAGGUUCUGCUGUGACCUGCAUGGCUGCCCCGUUCCCCUCCAGUAGCACAAUGGAUGCGUGGCCACAGAGACGUGGCCUGCAGACUAUGAACCUGCGGUCAGUAUUCACGCCUGAACAGCAGAGGAUCCUGGAACGUUACUAUGACAGUGGGAUGACCAAUCAGAGCAAGGCUUGCUUCCAGCUAAUACUCCAAUGUGCUCAGGAGGCCAAACUGGACUUCAGCGUGGUUCGGACAUGGGUUGGCAACAAAAGACGUAAGAUUGCCUCCAAGGUAGACCUGAAUGGAGGCAUGUCUCAUUCCUUAUCCAGUCAUGGACUCGCUGGGGGGCUACUCUCCAAUCACACACUAGCCGGAGGUGCUCUGUCCAAUCAUAGCAUGGCAGCAGGGGCGCUGCUUCCUGCUGAGAUGGCUGUAGCAAGGAACAUCCAGAAUCGUAUGCACCUUCUUCCUCCAUCGUCGUCCUUUCCUACUUUCUCGUCAGCAUCUUCCUCUCCCUCCUCUUCCUCGCCUCUCAGCAGCGGCAGCAACAACAACAACAACAACAAUGACGUCAUACUGACUGGUAUUUACUCUCUGAACUCCGUCCCACGCCCCCGACCAAGACCCACAGCCCCCCCGGGUCAGUCAGACCCUGAGCUUUCUGCGCACACAUCCUCAUCUCUGAUCAACCAGGUCCUGCAGAGCAGGAACAGCUCGACCUCCUCACCCCUCCACUCCAAGCUAUUGUCCCUCUCUCAGAAUCUCCCAUCCCUCACGUCUGCUUCAGGGCCUUUAGUCUACACUGCCGUCAGGAAGGGAACUUCAUCCCUCGGGGAAGCAGGGGUGAGUGCAGGAGUAGUACCUCACAGCUGGACUAGGCAGUACGGUACAGCACAAACACGCCCUUGGUCUUCUUCCUUGCAAUCCCAAGCUCAGCUUCAGCCCAGACCUCACUCCAACCCCCAGCCUCAACCCCCUGCACCACAGAAGACACAGGUUUCCAUCCCAGUCAAAGACUCUCCCCCUGAACAGACACCUCGUAUUCAGCAGGUCUACACUUUGUCAGAAAAAGGCGAGGGGGACCGACUUAGAUCUGGACCAGCGUAUACUGAGAGAGUUCAGGAGAGUCAGGAGAGUCAUGGGUGUGUGCCUCAACCUCUGGACUCCUGUCAUAACUUCUCCAUCGCCAUGGAGACUGGAGAUGAAGCAGAUGAGUGGCAAAGGGAGGAGGAAUUGGCUAACAUGGCCGCUCAGACACACAUCCACAGGGAGCACACGUUAGGCAGCCCAAUCAGGGCUGAAGUGUCAGUGGUGAGAGGAAGCCUCACUCCUCCUAUGACUAGCUCCAGACCCACACUGCUUCACAGUAACACAACUCUUCAGGGCAGCUAUUCCGUCACAGCACAGACCUCAUUUACAGGGGAAUCCAGCUCACAGACUUCAGUCAGUGUGUCUGCUGCCCCCUGGGUUAUCAGCAACUCAAGAAAAAGAACACUGCAGGAUCGGACCCAGUUCAGUGAUGGGGAUCUCAUCCAGCUGAAGCGCUAUUGGGACAGAGGAAUGACUAGCCUGGGCUCAGUCUGCAGGGAAAAGAUCACUGCUGCAGCGAACCAACUCAAUGUAGACACUGAAAUAGUCAAGACAUGGAUCAGUAACAGACGGAGGAAAUACCGUCUGAUGGGUAUUGAAAUUCCGCCACCUAAAGGUGGCCCUGCUGUAUUUACAACCUCAUCCCCAGGUAACGAGUCUCCAAUGGCCCUCAGCCCUGAUGAGGAGCGGCUAAGAACGCCUGAUCUCGGAGAUGACUUGAAUGAUGAGGGAUCUAUCUGCCUGUCUGAAGAUGGAACCAUCGACUCACAACACAGAGAUGAAGAUGAUGUAACAGAUCAGAUGUCCAUCGCUGCUUUAACGGCCAAUAAUGUGAAGAUUGAAGUAAUUGGCGAUGAGGAAGCAGCAGAAGAAGACGAUGAUUGUGAAUUAAUAGCUUCCGACCUCGAGCAAAUGCAGAACCUGCUGGAAUUCAAGCACGAGGAGGUGCAGUUCUUAGAGCACGAGCUACAGAACCAAAAACAAAAAUACCUUGAGCUUGUUAGCUUCACAAAGAGCCUGCUCAGCGCUGUGAGAAAAAAUGACCUGGAGAGACAGCAGGAACUCAUGGCCAGUCUACCUCAGCCUUCAGACCAGGAGUGGGACACAAGUGUGGAGAGAGGAUUCCAGCUUGCUGCAGAGUCGGCAGACGCAUUCUCCAACCAUGACGACUCCCCGGCGGCUGGUGUGAGUGCUGCAGAACCCCCGCCAGCUGUAGCAAUGGAAGACGUCCCGCUGGUCACCAUAAACGAAGACGGUUCGACAACGGAACAUACUGAGCCCUCUGCAUCAGAGGAGCAAAUGCAGGAAGCAGUUACAGAACAAAAGUGACUUAUCUCGUGUACAUCAGCUCCCACACUCGCACACACGCUUAUACAGAUGUUUCCACACUCCAUGCAGAAGAAUCUGGUUUCACACAAGAUAGAAUCAUGCAUAUACACAAACACUCUGGUAAACUCAUUCUCCACUCCCAGUGCCUGUGGAUUGAUGCUUCACUAUGACUGUUGGGCUGACAAAGGCCUUUUUUACUGCAUAUCAUUCGCCUUGCUCUGGACCAGUCCAGAGAGAACAAUAAAUGACCUCUAACUUA